CAAUCACAACUGGCCUCAAAGGACGAGGUGCUAAGAGAAAAACAUUUGGUGAUGGUACAAGUGGAUUAGGUAGUGGCAAGAAGGGUAGAAGUGCUGGUGAUCAGUCAAAUGUCAAAUUGCCUGCCCAUGGAUAUCCACUUGAACAUCCGUUCAACAAAGAUGGCUAUAAAUAUAUAUUAGCUGAACCAGAUCCUCAUGCUCCAUUUAGACAAGAGUUUGAUGAGUCUAAUGAGUCUGCUGGAAAAUUAAUUCCGGGAUGGUUAUAUAGACCCCUUUGUCCAAACCAAGUAUUAUUGGCAUUACAUGAUCGUGCACCACAGCUCCAUAUUUCUGAAGACAGGUUAUCAGUAACUGGAGAGAAAGGGUACUGUAUGGCAAGAGCUACACACAGUGUUAACAGUGGAAAUUGGUAUUGGGAGACAACAGUUGAAGAUAUGCCUGAUAAUUCUGCUUGCCGUAUUGGAUGGAGCCAAGAAUUCGCAAAUGUUCAAGCACCAUUAGGAUAUGAUAAAUUUGGCUAUUCGUGGAGAUCUAGAAAAGGUACAGUGUUCCACGAGAGCCGUGGAAAACAUUAUAGUAACGGAUUUGGUGAAGGUGAUACAUUAGGCAUGAUGAUAUGUCUACCUAACAACGUGAUUUCUCUUCCACCGACUCAUAAAGAUUUGAUAUUGAUAAAAUUCAAAAGCCAUUUAUAUUAUGAAGAACAGUCUCAAGAUAGUAGUCGUGAUGCACUUAAAUGCUUGAAACCACUUAUUGGGAGCAAAAUAAUUUAUUAUAAAAAUGGUGAAUGUUUUAAUGAAAGUGCUGUAGACUUAUAUGAUGGAAAAUAUUUUCCUACAGUAUCUUUGUACAAAAAUUGUACACUGUCUUUAAACUUUGGACCCAAUUUCAAAUACCCACCACCACAAACAGAUAGUUUCAAAUAUAAAGGAAUAUGGGAAAGGGCUGGUGACGCCAUAUGUGAACAAACUUUAGCCGAUAUAUCUUUCUUAACAAUAAAUGAAGGUAAAUUAAAAUUAAGCGAUAUAUAACAAUAUGAUUUUGUACGAAUCAAAUGAUACAAUUUUUUUUUAAUUUUAUUGUAUUUGUGUUUGAAGUUAACCUACAGUUUUAUGCUAUAAGUAAUUUUAAUUUAUCUUUUCUGUGUAUUUUAUAUAAACAUAAUUAUUUUGUACAUAAUAAAAAUAUACAAGAGUAAAAAGUACUACUAUUAA